AUAGUUUAUGAUUAAUGUUUCGCAUCAUUUCUUUUACCACGCUGUUUGGCAUAACAUCAGUACAACAAUAUAUCGCAAACUUUCCGUGGUCACUACAGCUACACUAUGCAGCAGAAUGAUCGCGUUUGCGCGUAGUUUCGAGAUGCCAUCUGUCUUCGUUUGCACAAAUGAGCAGAACAAAACAGUAACACAAACACUGCUACGGCAGCUGCCUCGCUUCUCUCUCAUCGUGUAAUAUUAGUGUUUGAUCGUGAUCUUGUCUGCACACAGUCUGAUCCAGAGACUUCCACACACACACAAUCACGCACACGCUACAGAGCCAAGCGCGCGCGCACAGGUUCUCACGCACAGCGCAGUGAGCGAGAACGCAGCGGCGUUUGAUGCACUGUAACGUUAGGCUAGUUCAGUAGUAGGGUAAUGCAAUACUUUAUUUCACAUUUUCUGUAGCAACUUUUGCUUUCAUAUGUCUACAGUUUAUUUUCAUUCAAAAUGAAAAGGAAUCAUCUCGUCGUAGAUUAAGUGUUCAACAUACAGAAACCAAAAGUUUAUAAGACCCAAAAGUGUUAUUCUGGGGCGCACACAAGUCUGGAGUUCAGCAUCUAAAGCAUGGCUUUGAACACUGAUGCUACUGUUCCCACUGCUGCCUCUGGUGCAGUAGAGGAGGAACCACAACAGCAACAACCAGAGCAAGAGACCAAUCAGCAACCGGGCACAGAGUCAGACCACGCCCCCAACUCCUCUGAGCCAGUCAAGAGUGAACAGCAAGACCCAGCCUCUGUACCAAUACCUUCUCCUGCAUUAGACUCCUCACCUUCAAACGAUGCCCUAAGUAAAGAUCUUCUGACAGUCAUUGAUGAAAAUAUGGAAACAAGCAAUGGGGUUUGCCCAGCUGUUGUCUGCAAUUCUCAACCCACCUCUUCUUCUCCACGUCAGCAGCCUGCCAAGCCUAACCAAGGGUACUCUAACGGUCGCACUAGGCUGAGCAGUCGUUCUGGAUCUAUGAGUCUCGCAGGGUCACCACGGCCGUCCCUUACCCGACAGCCCAGCGCAGCCACUGAUCCAGGACUUGAUGGCUCCAAACCCAAUGAUUAUCUGGUCUGGGCUAUUCUGGCCUGCCUUUGCCCGGUCUGGCCAAUCAACAUUGUGGGCUUGGUCUUUUCAGUGAUGUCUCGUAACAGUCUACAGCAGGGGAACGUGGAUGGCGCGCGUCGUCUUGGCCGUAACGCAAAGAUCCUGUCAAUCGUGUCAUUGGUGGGCGGGAUAAUCAUCAUUAUUGUUACUAUUGUCAUCAACUGGGGUGUCAUACUGAAGACCUGAUGGUCAUCAAGAUCCUCCAGAUUAAGAAAACUACACAAUCCACAACCAAUCCAUGAUGACCACUUUCUUCAUCUUCCUCCCGUCGUGCAUUUUUUGCAUCGCCCAAGCUCUUAAAUGCUUUACAGUUUCCGACUCAAGACUCUGGAUGUUACUUUCAUCUUAUAUCGUGCCAGAACUAUCUUGAAAAACAUGAACUCCUCAGCUUCUUGAAUGAUCCAGGAUCACGACCGAAACAACAAGGCCUGCAUGUUUUUUUCUCUCAAAGGACUCAUCAUUUUAGAUGAUGUCAGAGUGGAGACCACCAGGAUGAUCUCAUUUUAUUAGUCAAGUAGCCCUUGAGGAGAAGAUGGAAGAAUGAGGGACACGGUGGGGGUUGGUUUUUGAGCUUAGCAGUAGUAUGAGAUUAGUUUAUGUUUCCUUAGUGAUAAAAAAUGCUUAGAUUAAAAUGUAACUGGUUAUACAAGGACUAAAACAGCUUCAGAUUUGAAAAAAGACUUUAAAACCUAAGCUGAGAGGUAAGUGAGAAGAGAUGUCUCUUUUUCUCUCUCUCUCUCUCUCUCUCCCUCCACUGAGAAAGAGGGAGGGGUUGAAGCAUAGAUGCAGUCUUUUGUUUCACACACAUGAAGGGAUGGAGACAGCGAGAGAAAGAGAGAGAUAAGGAAAGCAGUACAAGGAUCCCAGCUCGUUCUGAUUGGCUGCUUGCCUGUGGGUGAGGAAACCGAUAUCUUAAUGCUCGCUAGCAUGCCCUCCCCUCUUCUUUGCAGCUAUAUAGUCUCAGCCGGUUCCUUCCAGACAAACGGAAAGCAAACCAUUCGUUUAUUAUUGUGUUUGAGCAGUGUGGGUGUGCGGCCAUGUUUGUGGGCAAAAUGUCAAUCCAGACUGUUUUGAAAGCAGUCGUGUUUUUAUACCACAAUGUUUACAAUAUAUCCUCUGUAAGUAGUAAUUUUGACUUUGACGAAUCAUGUUACAAAGCCAAAUGAUUUGUUUUGCUGAACGACUGAAACCUAAAUCAUUCCUAGUCAGGCCACAUCGACUGUGCCAAAAUCCAGAUUUUGCCAAGAGUCCACACGACAGCUUUUUUCCCUGGCUUAGAUGGGCAUGUUUAUGAUAGAGACAGGACACGAGGGGACAAAUAUAUGACUUUAUUCAAGAAAUUGGCACAAUACGUCCACAGUCGUCGUUGAGAGAUUUGGCUGAUGUUCAUAGGUUUAGGUCUCUUGCAUGCAAAUUAUUCACUGUAAAAAAAGAUUUGUUACUUCAACUUAAAAAUUAAGUGUUGUUAUAAAUAUUAGUCUCAAACUUUAACUCAAAAAAAAACUGUUGAGUCAACGUAUAUUUUUAAGCUAAAUUCAUGCAAAUUUGAGAGAUUUUAAAUUGAAACAACAAAUCUUUUACUGAUGUUUACAGAUUUUUGAUGUAGACGAAGGCGCUUCUGAAAUGAGUAAUCUUAUUUUUUUUUUAAGUGAAAGCUUUGUUGUGUAGCACUCUGUAAAAGUUGCUUAACUAAAGCAACUGAUUCAGUGUGACGGACAGUUAGAUGAUGACACCCACUUUUGGGCUUCGGCUUGUGUGAAAAUGAGGGGCUAAAAUCGUUUUUUUUGAAUGCAUUUUAUUCCUGAUCAUUCCACAUCCCGCCACCUAAAUGUAAAUGAGCGUAGCAUGCACAUUUUUUAUUAGCACUAAUACGAACUGCGUGCAGUCUGUGAAUGCCAGCUUGACUUCUGUUCUAUUGAAUUGCUCUGCUCCGCUAUUUAUAGGCUAUUUAAUCUCAUACAUAUGUAUGUAUAUACGUGUGUGUACAUAUUUGUACUGCUUCUGCUAAUCCGAGUGUCUACUGUGGACAUGAACAGUAUUCGUAAUGCAAAUCUUGACUGUUAACACUACAGUGCUUUCAAGAGCUUUUUCACGCAAGUAUUUUGUAUCAGUAUGCAAACUCUGCGUAAAAAGUAUAUGGUGAGAAUUUGCUUUUUGCUGGUAUGUUUUUGGGAAUCCUAAAUGCAUGUAGCCUAAACACUGCAUGUGUUCCUAUGCUGCACAUUGUAAAAAUGUUUCGAAGACACCAGCCGAGUUUGAUUCUCUGAGUUACAAGUUUUACCUGCUGUUAAAACAAUCUAUUUUAUUCAUAUGAAAUAAAUGAUUUAAUUCUCUUCGUGUUUAUAGCCUCACAAAUUCAAGAGCACCUGUGCUAGUCAAAACUUUGGUCAGCUAAAUAGUUUUCUUGAGAUUUGUCAUAAGAGACAUUAUGAUAUAUAAUAAUCCUGAUUUUGUGCAGAUUUGCCUGUGCAUGCCUUAAUGAAUUGCUGAAUUGUGAUGUAGGCUACACUGUAUCUGAACCAAAGCAUUUGAUAGACCUUGCAGUAUCGAUCCAUAUUCUGCUCUGUACCGACACUGAGUAUGCAUUAAUGAGCCCAGUAAAUAAACUGUUCCUCAUUAUGCCACCUCUGUGUGUUUAUACUCUAUAUAAGCACUGUUGUCAAUAUAAACUUAUAUCUGAUGGUG